AUGGAGGUCUCAGGCAGUGCAAGAUUAACCAGAGUGGCCUCAUAUGAAUCCCUACCGCCCUUUGACGAGACAGGAAGACUCGACCUCGAGGCAUACGCAUACGACGACAUCAAUAGGUUGUUCAGCAGAUUCCUUACCGGCCGUAACAAGGGUCCAAAGACUUCACAGUUUUUUGAUGAAGCCAAGGCUAGUAGCACUCUUUCUCGCCGGUCAGAGACUCCCCCACCGCCGUUGAAUGUGUUGGUACAGCUUAUUGGCUCUCGAGGUGAUAUCCAACCUUUCAUUGCCCUGGGAAUACAUCUGAAGCGCUACUACGGACAUCGAGUCCGCAUAGCGACCCAUGGCGUCUUUCAAAACCUUGUUGAACGAAACGGGCUCCUUUUCUUCGACAUCGGAGGCGACCCUGAGCAACUGAUGAGUUUCAUGGUCCGCAACCCCGGACUGCUGCCGAGUUACAAGGCCCUCCGUGCGGGAGAAAUCAAGCAACAUCGUCAGACAAUGUACAAAAUGUGGAAACUGAUUUGGAGAUCAUGCUUUGAGAACGGGCCUGAUGGCACCCCUUUUGUUGCUGACCUCAUAAUCGCAAACCCACCGAGUUUUGCUCACAUUCAUUGUGCCGAGAGACUUGGGAUCCCGCUUCACUUGAUGUUCACAAUGCCCUACAGCCCCAGCGGCGCUUUCCCUCACCCGCUCACUCGAGUCGGUAGCGACAGACUCAAUAACUCUGGCAUGAAUCGUCUAUCGUACUACAUUGUGGAAUGGUUGGUAUGGUUGGGACUAGGGGACGAUCUGAACCGCUUUCGACAGAAUGUGCUCCAUCUGCAAGCGAUUAAUCUCUCACGAGCUCCGAAUCAAGUGACAAAGUUAAAGAUACCUCACACUUAUUGCUGGUCUCCCUCCUUGUUACCGAAGCCGAGCGACUGGGGUGAACACAUAUCAGUGGCAGGAUAUUUCACCUUAGAUGAUCAAGACCCUUCCUUUGAUCCACCUCCAGGCCUCUGUAAAUUUCUCGAAAGUAGAGAACCUCCCAUUUACAUCGGCUUUGGCUCGAUUGUCGUCGACAACCCGGAAAGAUUGACCGAGCUUGUCCUCCACGCCGUGAAGCUUGCUGGUGUGAGAGCCUUGAUAUCCAAAGGAUGGCUGGGCCUGGGCGACGAUAUUCAGACCUCCAACGAAAAUGUCUACUCGAUAAGCGAUGUGCCACACAGUUGGCUCUUCGAGCAUGUUUCUGCUGUUGUACAUCAUGGAGGCGCCGGCACCACUGCGGCCAGCUUACGUGCUGGAAAGCCAAGUGUCGUAGUCCCUUUCUUCGGCGACCAACACUUUUGGGGUCAGGUGGUUUACACUGCCGGUUGCGGCCCGAAGCCAAUUCCGUUUCUUCAGCUCACCCCUGAGAAGCUUGCCAGUCAGAUCAGCGCAGCACUAGAGCCCGUCAUCAAAGCAAAAGCGGCAGAGGUCGGUGCCACCAUCAAAACCGAAAACGGAUGUGAAGCCGGGGCGAGAACGCUGCACAAUGCCCUCGACUUCGACGCAUCGAGAUGCCAAUUGACUCGAGAUCGCAUCGCCGUGUGGGAGACCAGAGGCUCGUAUCCAGUUCGCAUGAGCGCCCUCGCUGCCGCAGCCUUGGAGGAACGUGGCCACCUACGGUACAGUCAAUUGAGACUAUUGAGACACGGUGAGUACGAAAUGGAAGACAGGCCAACCGACCCUUUGUCAGGGGGAGCAUUUGCUGUCCUUGGAUCUUGUCAAGAAAUUGUCGAGGAGAGUUAUAAUUUGUCCAAGAAUAUUGCCAGAGCAGCUUCAUCUCGGAAUGCUCGGACGGAAAUCGAAAAUGUGAAAGAAGGCGUCGGGAGCAACCAGGACAGGGAUGACGCAAAAAAAUCUACCUCUGGACGACAGUCCUCUUCAGGACAUAACAACGACAUUGAUGGCAAUGCUAACGUCCCGGCCGGAUCUAAAGAUGUCGGCUCGUCUCAGAUCCUGAAAAGUGCAGGGCACUUGAGCAAGGCUAUCGCCUCGAUUCCCAUGGAUUUCUGUCUUGGAAUGGCAAGAGGUUUCCAAAACAUCCCAAUUGCAUACGGCGACAAAAGCCAACGAUCCCGGCCGAAGGUGUCCGGAGUUCUGACAGGGGUCACAGUCGGUGUCAAGGAACUCGUUUUUGGCCUUUACGACGGCGUAACAGGGGUCGCGACGCAGCCGAUUCAAGGAUACAAAGAGAACAACAUAGGUGGCCUGGUAGCUGGGGUCGGUAAGGGCUUGGGGGGUUUGAUCUUGAAGCCUGGAGCAGGAAUAUGUGGUCUUCCCGGGUACGCUCUGCAGGGCUUGUCUCAAGAAAUACACAAGGCUUUUGGUGAGAAUGUCGAAAGUCGCAUUGCGCUCGCUCGGGCGCUGCAAGGAAGAGAAGAGCUUCAAUCUUGCUCUGCAAUCGAAAGGGACAAUAUUGUCGGCGAAUGGAAAAGGACUCGUGGUCUCAGCUGA